CAAAAUUUAUUGUCUCCCGUCAUAAGAAAGCAGAAAAAAGAAAAGAGGAUUAGCAGCUUACAGGAAGGCUCUAGGAAGUCAGGGUAUAAAGAAAGUUGCGAUAUCAGUCAAAAUCUCCAGCCGGCGAGACGGCAAGACAUGUUUUCUCUCACUUGACUUUGAAAAAGAAUGUCUACAUAUUGUAACAUUUGUCAUUUUACAAAGAAAAAUAGCCGUCCCGCAUGUACUUUUCGCGCUAGUUUACCAAAGUCAAAGACUCGUAUUUCCGGUAUCUUCAACUUCAGCCCUCCAAAUUUCAUCAAAAAUGUAAAAAUACCAAAUUUUCAUCCUUCACUGGCCAUCAAUGGCUACCUCCACCCCUUUAGACAACAUCCUCCGCCACACCACCGUGUUCCUGUUGGAUAUCCUUUCGCAAUCUGACCUACGUCUCCGUCUUUUCUCAGUUUUUCUUCAACGAAUUCAAUCCGAUAAGCCCCUCAAUCUUGCAGCUGAAACUAUAGAAAAUGCAGUUUCCACUUCCAACUCUUCCAUCAAAUCUUCCUCUCUCAGACUGGCGGAAAAGAUCCUUCUUUCUUAUUCUGAAAACCCAUUUUCUUCCUUUUUGUUAUCCCUCGUUUACACUCUUCUGCGCAGACCACAUGAUGCUGCUCUUAGUCUUCUUGAUGUGUUUUACACCGACCCUUCAAUUGCAAGAUUGGAAAUUGCACCCCUUGUUUUUGAAGAGCUAUUUCUCAUUCAUUUUAUUCCCAUUCUUCAAUGGUAUAAUGAGCAAAGGUCAAGAAUUAUGUCUUGCAUAUCACUAAACUCGGGUUAUCAUGGCGAUGAUGAGUCAGUGGUGGUUUUAGCAGCUACGAAUUCAUUGUCAGCUAUGAGUGGAGAGCAAGCUUCGGAGUUGAAAGAUUUGGAGAGAGAGUAUGAAGAAAUUCUUGAUGAGAAUUGUAGGGUUUUCGCUCAAUAUUUCAAGGAGAUUUUGCGUAAUAAAGAUGAGUGCAAGUUCACGGAUCCGCCAUCCGUAAUAGUACAACGGAAUGAAAAGAGUGAAUGCUAUUUUGUGUUUAGCAAAGAUGAGGAGAUGACCAAUGAAGAAUUCGGACUGAAAAAUGGACGGUAUUAUAAUCCAAUAUGGGCAGAUUCUGCCGAAGGAGACAAGUCGUUCAAAUUCAAUAUGUGUAGCAAGAAUUUGUCCAAGUUUCCAUCAUUUUAUCCCGAGAGAGUUUCUCUGAAAGUUUUUACAAACCAAAGAUCAUCAUCAAAAACAAAGCCUUUCGGCAAUUCCAAUUUUGAUUCUGUACCUAAGUCUUGUUCAGAUGAAAAUUCCAAUGAUCCUUAUUCCACAGAAUCUGAAGCCAAAAAUGAGGACAUGAACAAAAGAAUGGCAUUGCUCAACACAAGGCAGAGGCAAAACUUAAACGAAAAGCAGCCUAUUUUGGGAGAAUCAAGCUGCCAUCCAGAUCCUUUGAUGGAAAACUAUGAUAAUAUGCAAUCCAGUGGAAAAAAUACACCUCCAAAGGAUUUUGUAUGUCCUAUAACUACUCAUGUAAUUGAAGAUCCAGUGACUCUUGAGACUGGUCAGACAUAUGAAAGAAAGGCAAUUCAAGAAUGGUUGGAAAGAGGAAACUCCACUUGCCCAAUCACACGGCAUAAGCUACAUAGUACUCAACUACCAAAAACAAAUUACGUGCUCAAGCGCCUCAUAGCAAGCUGGCAGGAGAAGGACCAGAAUUCAGCUCUUGUUCAAACGAAACUGAUUGCACCGACUGAAUAUGAACCAGUGAAGAACAAGCCUGGAACCAUCAGUGAGCUUCGUCGUGCAAUAACAAGCCUCUGCACAUCAGAGAUUUUGAGAGAGUCUGAAAUGGCAGUGCUCCAAAUUGAGCAGUUCUGGAGAGAAGUUCAGAUGGUUGAUAUUCAGACAAUGCUCUCAAAACCUCCAGUUAUCAAUGGUUUUGUAGAGAUCCUUUUCAAUUCUGUUGAUCCCCAUGUUCUGAUGGCGACAGUAUUUCUCCUUUCUGAGCUGGGCUCAAGAGAUAAUGGUGUCAUCCAAACACUUACCAGAGUUGACACUGAUGUAGAAUGCAUUAUUGGUCUUUUCCAGAAGGGGUUACUGGAAGCUGUUGUUUUGAUCUAUCUUUUGAUUCCAUUGAUUGGGAAUCUUACAGACAUGGAAUUGUUGGAUUCUCUUUUGAAAGUUCUCAUGAGUAGGGAGGAAGACUUGGUUAACAUGUUCAUGAAGCCCAAAGCUGCUUCAGUGCUACUUCUGAGACAUAUACUUAGAAACACAGACGAUAAAGGAGCUCCCAAAAUUGCUAAGAGGUUGACUUCAGCAAAAGUAGUUGAGGCCAUUGCAGGCAGCUUGGAAGCUGAACUAGAGGAAGAACGACUAUCAGCUGUCGUUAUACUGUUGAGAUGCAUGCAAUUGGAUGGAAGAUGCAGGAAUAUUAUAGCCGACAAAGUAGAACUAACUCACCUGUUAGAGAGCUUCAUUGGAGCAAACGAUGCAGAUAGGUUUGAGAUUGUCCAAUUCCUAUCUGAACUAGUCAAGUUAAACAGGAGGACACUUAAUGAGCAAGUGUUGCACAUAAUUAAGAAUGAAGGUAGCUAUAGCUCAAUGCACAGCCUCCUCAUAUAUCUUCAGACAGCUCUCCCUGAUCAGUGUCCUGUUGUGGCUGGCCUACUUCUCCAACUUGAUCUGCUUGCAGAACCAAGGAAAAUGAGCAUCUACAGAGAGGAAGCUGUAGAUGUCCUAAUUAUGUGUCUCAGAAAUUCGGAUUGUCCUGCCUCUCAAAUAGCUGCUGCUGAGACAAUUUUAGCACUCGAGGGAAGGUUUUCCUAUUCUGGGAAGCCUCUUAUCAGGGAACUUCUACUUAAACGUGCAGGACUUGAUGGGACAGAUAACAAUGUGGCACAAAAUAAAAUUAGAUAUCCAUCUAAUGAUAGUCAAGAAACAACGGAAGAAGAGAAAGCUGCUGAGAACUGGGAGAGGAAAAUGGCAUUUUCUCUGGUCAGCUAUGAAUUUGGAUUACUAUUUGAGGCUUUAGCAGAGGGCAUGAAGAGUAAAUCAGCAGAUUUAUUUUCUGCAUGUUUUGUGUCUUCUACUUGGCUGGUAUACAUGCUGACCGCUCUUCCAGACACUGGAAUUAGAGGAGCAGCAAGAGUAUGCUUUCUCAAGCAGUUUGUAUCAAUAUUUAAGUCUUCCAGAGACACAGAGAAUAAGGCACUUAGCUUGCUUGCACUGAGGAGCUUUAUCCGUGAGCCUGAAGGACUAAAUGAUCUUACAAACCAUGUCAAGGAUAUACUCAAAGGCUUGAGAGAGCUAAAGAAAUCAUCCACCAUUGCUGUUGAAAUGCUAAACCUUUUCUCAGAAGAGCGUGAAUCAAGUGCAGAUAUGUGGAAUCAUAAAGAAAUUGUACAAGAGGAUUGCAGUGCUAACGGUGAAGUCAAUUCAAUUGUGUUCUUCAGAAAUAUAGUUUUUUCCAGUCAUACAGAUGGAUCUAUAAAGGUGUGGAAAGUAAAAGCUAAAAGUUUACACCUCAUUCAAGAGAUCCGAGAACAUCUCAAAGCGGUGACAAGCCUGGUAGUUGUACACUCAGCAGAAAAAUUGUACAGUGGUUCACUUGAUAGGACUGUGAGGGUGUGGUUAAUCCAGGAUGAAGGAAUAGAAUGUGAAGAAGUUCAUGAAAUGAAGGAUCAUGUCAAUAACCUACUGGUUGCAAAUAGCUUGUCAUGCUUCCUUCCUCAAGGAAGUGGAAUUAAGGUGCAUUCAUGGAAUGGAGCAACUAAACUAGUAAAUCAACAGAAGUAUGCAAAAUGCUUGACUCUUGUUAAAGGAAAACUGUAUUGCGGAUGUCUUGAUAACAGCAUACAGGAAGUUGAUUUGCCAACUGGAACAAUUAAUUCAAUUCAAAGCGGCUCAAGAAAAUUAUUAGGGAAAUCAAGUCCAAUUUAUGCCAUACAAGUUAAUGAGGGACUACUAUAUUCAGCUGGUACAUCCAUGGACGGAGGAGCUGUGAAGAUAUGGAAUACAGAAAAUUACAGUAUGGUUGGAUCAUUGCCAUCUACAUUAGAAAUUCGUGCAAUGGCUGUCAGUUCAGAGCUUGUCUAUCUAGGGGGGAAAGGUGGAAUUUUGGAAGUCUGGUGUAAAAAGAAACAUAAUAGAGUGGAAGCACUACAAACUGGUAUAAAUGGUAAACUUCUUUGUAUGGCUCUUGAUGUUAAUGAAGAAACUUUGGUUAUUGGAACAUCUGAUGGCAGAAUUCAGGUUUGGGGGCUGAGUUGAAUAGAUUGUGUAAUAGCUGGUUUUAGAGCUGAGAUUGACAUUCUUUUUAAGAAAUAAGCAAUGCAAAUGUCCAUAUCAACAAUAUUAAAUUACUAAAAUUUGUACAUAGUUGAAUUUGUUACAUCAAUAAACUGUUGACCUUGAUCUUAA